AUGUGCAAUGCAUUGAGAGGCCCCAACCCAGGCCCAGACAACGAGCACAGUUCCACAGCAUCAAGACUACCUUUGCGUGGGAGUUACCCAUGCCCUCAAUGUGAGAAGAGUUUCAGUUCCUCAACUAACCUAAAGAAUCAUCAAAGAAGAGUACAUAGUGGAGAAAAGCCUUACCACUGUACCACAUGUGGGAAGAACUUCAAUCAUUCAGGAAGCCUUAAGCAACAUCUGCGAAUACAUACAGGGGAGAAACCUUACCACUGCUCUCUUUGCGGAAGAGUUUCAGAUGUUGAGGAAGAAAAUAGCCGUGUAAUUGACCUCGGUACAUCAAGACUUCCUGGUCGUGGGAGUUACCCCUGUCCUCAAUGUGGAAAGAGUUUCAGUUCUUCAGGUAAUCUAAAAAAUCAUGAGAGAGUACAUACUGGAGAGAAACCGUUCCACUGUGCCACAUGUGGGAAGAGUUUCAGUGAAAAAGUCAACCUCACGAGACACGAGAGGGUACACAGUGGAGAGAAGCCUUACCACUGCACCCAAUGCGGAAGAGUUUCAAUCAUUCUGGAAGCCUUAAGGAACAUCAAAGAGUACACACAGGGGAGAAGCCUUACCACUGCUCUCUUUGUUGGAAGAGUUUCAGUCAGCCAGAAAUCUUAA